ACCAGAGUCAUCACAACCACCACCACCACCAUCACCAUCAUCAUCAUCGGAGGCAAAAGAGUUCAUGUAACGAAACCCUAAAAUGGAGUCCGAAUCUCAAAUCAUCGAAGAAGAUCAGUGUCGAUGACGGUUGGCACAAAGGGAUGCGCCAAUUUUAGCAGCAUCCAAAAAGCUAUAGACGCGGCCCCGGAUUUUAGCAGCUCGUGGACGCUCAUCAUGGUCGAUACCGGCACAUAUAGGGAAAAAGUGAUGGUGAACUCCAACAAAACGAAUAUUAUAAUUCAGGGUAAAGGCUAUCGCAACACGGCCAUAGCAUGGAACGACACGGCUAAUUCGACCGGAGGAACCAACUACAGUUCUACUUUUGCCGUGUCGGCUUCCAAUUUCAUAGCAUAUAAUAUUAGUUUUGUGAACACAGCUCCGGCACCGGAUCCCGGGGAAAGCGGAGGGCAGGCGGUGGCGAUUAGCGUUUCAGGCGAUCAAUCUGCAUUUUAUGGAUGUGGAUUUUAUGGAUUUCAAGACACAUUGAAUGAUGCUAGAGGCAGACAUUAUUAUAAAGAAUGUUUCAUCCAGGGAUCUAUUGAUUUCAUUUUUGGGAAUGCUAGAUCACUUUUUGAGGAGUGCACGAUAAAUUCGACAGCAAAAGUGGAGGAAAGCGGUAUUGUGAGCGGGUGCAUCGCGGCUCAGGCGAGGGAUUCAGCGGACGAGAAAACGGGGUUCUCAUUCGUGAAAUGCAGCAUUAGGGGGAGCGGGAAAGUGUGGCUGGGACGAGCUUGGGGCCAUUAUGCAACCACCAUUUUCGCCAAAUGUUACAUGUCCGAUGUUGUUUCCCCUGAUGGUUGGAAUAACUGGAGAGAUCCUUCUAGAGAUCAAACGGUGUCGUAUGGGGAGUAUGAAUGCUACGGUCCCGGAUCCGACGCAACAAAUAGAGUGGCAUAUGGGAAACAGUUGAAGCAAUCUGAGGCAGCUCCAUAUAUGACCACUUCAUAUAUUAAUGGAGAAGAUUGGCUUCUUGUUAUUCCUUCUGAAGAUCAAACUCCAUACAUUCAAUUUCACUCAUCAAAUUAAUUAAAUACAUACUGAUUUUAUCUGUAUUGGUAUUUGAUAAGGGCACAUGAAAUGAAUACCACAUAUA